AGCCGCCUUUCCGCCGCCGGGGCUGGGCUGGGCUUCGCCUCGGCGGGGCGGUGACUGAGGCUGCUCCUCCUCCUGCUGCUGCUGCUGCUCCUCCGGCGCCCUCUGAGGGGAUUCCUCUCCUUUCCUCCCUCUUCGCGGCCGACAUGUCGGGGCAGUCCAUCACCGACCGGAUCACGGCGGCGCAGCACAGCGUCACCGGCUCGGCCCUGGCCAAGGCCGUCUGCAAGGCCACCACCCACGAAGUCAUGGGGCCCAAGAAGAAGCACCUCGACUAUCUAAUCCAGUGCACAAAUGAGAUGAAUGUGAAUAUUCCACAGCUGGCAGAUACGCUUUUUGAGCGAACGGCAAACAGUAGCUGGGUAGUAGUGUUCAAAGCUCUAAUUACAACACACGACCUCAUGAUGUACGGAAAUGAGCGCUUCAUCCAGUACCUGGCAUCUCGAAAUACAUUGUUUAAUCUCAACAACUAUCUGGAUAAAAGUGCAAUGCAGGGCUACGAUAUGUCUACCUUCAUCAGACGAUAUAGCAGAUACUUGAAUGAAAAAGCACUUUCUUAUAGGCUUGUAGCAGUUGAUUUCACCAAAAUGAAAAGAGGGAUUGAUGGUGUGAUGAGAACAAUGAAUACCGAAAAGCUUCUGAAGACCCUUCCAAUUAUUCAGAAUCAGCUCGAUGCACUGCUUGAUUUUGACGCCAACCCUAAUGAACUAACGAAUGGUGUGAUCAAUGCUGCCUUCAUGCUGCUUUUCAAAGAUUCAAUUCGGCUUUUUGCUGCCUAUAAUGAGGGGAUUAUUAACCUGUUGGAAAAAUAUUUUGAUAUGAAGAAGAAUCAGUGUAAAGACGGUCUGGAUAUUUACAAAAAAUUCCUUGCCAGAAUGACCAAAUUGUCAGAAUUCCUCAAAGUGGCCGAGCAAGUUGGAAUUGAUCAGGGUGACAUUCCAGAUCUUACGCAGGCUCCCAGCAGUCUGCUUGAAGCACUGGAGCAGCACCUAGCUUCUCUGGAAGGGAAGAAGACAAAGGAGCUUUCGGCUGCCAGCAGAGCCAGUACUCUGUCCAGUGCCGUCUCCACACUUGCCAACACAGGAAUGUCCUUCAGUAAAAUGGAUGAAAGAGAGAAGCAACAGGCGCUGGAGGAGGAGCAGGCGAGGCUGCAAGCGCUGAAGGAACAGCGGCUGAGGGAGAUUUCUGUGGUGUCCAAUUCCACAUCUACGUCUGCCUCUCCAAGCACUUUAUCAGGGAAGAGUGUGAAUACCAAUUCGGCGGUGGACCUUUUUGCAACGCCCGCACCGACCACCAAUAGCAUGCCCAACCUUUCUACCGAUCUCUUUGACCUUCAGCCUGCGUUUGUCCCAACGGUACAGAGCACUCCCGCCAUAGCGACAUCCGCAAGCAGUGCCUGGGGAGGACCUUUUUCGUCUACAAACGGAUGUGUUGGGUCUCCCCCUCACCUAGACCUCUUCGAUAUGAAGCCGGUCGAAGAAGCCGUCAAAAGUAGCACACCUUUUGGAACGUCUGCCUUCCCCUCGAAACAAACAGUUGAACUGUUUAGUGGCUAUCCUGUUCCUGCAGCAUUACAGAAAACCGCCGGUUCAACCAUCAAUGUGGAUUUUGAUGCUGUGUUUGGUGGCAAGUCAGCAGUGCCUGAGUUUAGAACUGCAACAGAGGAUGUAUUGCAGCCAGUAGUACCAGUACAAAACCAGAGAGGAGCUUUAAUCAACCAGCAAAGUGGGAAGAUUUUGGCCAACGAUCUUGACUCUUCACUUGCUAAUCUUGUAGGAAAUCUUGGCUUUGGUGGAACACCAUCCAAAAAGUCUGAUAUGCAGUGGAGUCAGCCUACAGAGAAGAAGCUAACUGGGGGAACCAACUGGCAGGCCAAAACAAGCACCGCAACAACAUGGAACACGGUCCCUAUGCCUCCUGCGCCACAGAUGGUAACGUCUUCAGUACCUGCUCCAGUAACCUACCCAGUGAAUACACCUCAAGUGCCUCUGUAUGGAAUGGUACCUACACAGAUCGGAGCAACACCUAUUAUGGCACCCCAGUCUAUGAUUUAUACUCAAACAGGUCUAAGGCCAACAAAUCCUUUUGCACCUAUUUCUGGAACACAGAUACAGUUUAUGUAGACCUGCCAAAGCAGCGAGACACUUUGACAACCAAAUAUUGGUAGAAAGGAGACAGGACUUGGAAGCGGCGGUCUUCACCAGGGUGCAUUACCUGCCCCCCCUCCGUACAAUAUACAUUACUUUGAAUUGCUGUGCUUUAGAGAUUCUUAAUUACAACAGUCAACUAUGGUAUGAAAUCAUGUUUGGUUUUGAAUAGUGUGGAACGCUGAAAUGCGUCAGCUUAGUGUGCAAAGAAAACCCCAACUUUUCCCUCAAGAGCCAACUUGAGAGUUCCUUGCGGCAUUUCCAUCCACCCGCUGGGCUACGGUGAGCCAGCGGAGGGUGCGUAGUAUGUCUAUUUAUUUCCCCCCCCCCCCCCCCGACGUCUGUGGCUGAUAGAAUCGUGAAGUCGAGCAAUAAACCUUGCAGAUACUCUCUCUUGGUAAGGGAGUACCUGAUUAAAUACGAAUUUCGCCCUUCAUCAUGAACGCCAGUAUCGUGUGACUGCUUUUUCUCAUGUUAGACGAGCUUCUUCUAAUUCGCAAUUUUUGUACUGUGAGUUUAAAAAUGCUGUGAAUCGAUUUUUAACUCAAAUGUAGACCAUUCAUUUUUUUGGGGGGGGGGGGGGGACGACCCUGAAUCAGCUGGCAUGACAGCAAGAGGGUCUUUAUUUGCUGAAAGUGCGCUUUGCAGUCUGAGAGAAGUACAAUAAUAUUUGUAGUACGUUAAUUUGUAUGGGAUGAAGUGUCCAGCAUGAGUGGCCAUAGCUGUGCUUCCUUUAUGUACCAACAGCAGCAUCAAGUUAAGAGUUGCCUUUCGUAUCCCAGAAAGUAACGUCUGUAGGCAGCCUGGGAAGUAAAAGAAUCUUGGAAGUUUUUUUUUUUUAGUUUUUUUAGUUUUUGUUUUUAAAGAAGACCCUUUUCUUUGGCCCUUUAUUGGAGAAGGAGGUUGGACAGCAUUUUCUUAGGGGCUCAUUAGUUACAUGCUGCACUUUAAGAACUGGAAAUUUGUAUUCCUGGAAAACCCUUCUGUCCUUUGUUUCAUAAUCCUCAUUGUGCGGAUGAGGAACACACAAAAAAGAGUGAAAACGUAAAAGAACUUUUACAUCGGGGUGGUGGGGGGAUUGUACAUAUUUGUAUACCUUUAAGUACAAAAUUUCUCCAGCGCUACAAAACCCUUCUCUUCCUCCCUACAUACAUACAAGAUGCAAAUGUUGUACCACUUUUACGAAAUUGAGCUCACGUUUCUUUUGUAUUGAAACGUUCAGACUAUUAUCCUUGAAAGAUAAUGUGGAAUAUUAUUAUUAUUAUUAUUAUUAAUAUUAUUAUUGCAGUGUAGGAAAGCGUUAAGAUGUGUGACAAUAAAGCCUGACAGUCCAUGAUUUUCAAAAUACCCACAAAUGGCAAGAAAUUAACAUUGGAAAGGUUCCUGCAUUGUUUGACAGGAGGCAUUUGGGGCACAUUUAGGAGGAGAGGUUACAAGACGACUUUUAAAAGUAAUUUUUUAAAAACUAAAGAACAGUCAUACAAAGAUGAAAAUCCCCUUCUGAUCACUGUGGAGAUUGUUUUCUCCUUUCAAAUCCACCCACAGUAGCAAUAACAGCCAAAAAUGUGAUCUCUUAAUGCCAACACGAUGAUUUCUUUCAUAAAGCUUUGCCCUUGCCAUGAAAAUAGCUUGAAAUGCAGCACUUGAGCUCAUUCUUCAAAGUGUUUGCCAAGUUGUGGCCCUUGUUUUGUUUCACUUUUUUUUAAAAAAAAAAAAGGUUUGCAUCAACAAAUCCUUUUUGUGGAUCAGGCUCUGUGUCGGAUUCUCGAAGCCCGGUCUUUUUCUCUGUAAGUGUCUUUUGUGUUUGUUAAUAUUGUGCCAAGAAUGUAAAGAGAAAAAAAUAUGCUUGCUUCAAAAAGGAUAUACUUGUUCUGUCAAACUAAACAUGAUUUUUUUAAAAAAGAAAAUCAUUUUUUACAUAUGUGUUUGCAAUUUGUAACCACUAACUUUGUAUGGACUAAAUGUUGCAAGUGGGGAAAAAUGUUUUAGACCAAAUCUUGGAACACGUCCUGGCCAAAAGGCAUAAACUGGAUGCAUGUAAUUAAACGUGGAAAGUGACUGUUUCAAGGGCCUUUGCCUUUAAUGUUUGUUCAAAACCCCAUAUUUAUUGUGGUCCUGGGGUGGCUUCCCUGUGCGACCUUUCCUUUUUUUCUAAAGCGAGUUAAUGCAACCAAUCCUCAUUUAGGAUUGUAUCAUCUUGCUUCCAACCGAUUUCUGGUCUUUUAGUCCAAUUUAGACCAGUACAUAUGUUUUAAAUCACAUGGAUUUUAUAAAUAGAAUUAACUUGAGUUUAUGGCCAUGUAAAGUUUGAGAUUGUAAAAUAAGCAGGACACUUCUUAACCCCACCUUUCCCUGAUUAUUUUCUAAUCAUUCAGUUUAAUUGUAUUUAAUUUAUUACAUUCCCUCACAGCAGGGAAUUUCAUGCAAGACCCGUCUCCUCAGAGAGCAGGCAACUUGGACUCUCUAGCAGAAAGUAUGUUUUUUAUAUGUUUUAUGUGUUUUAUUCAGUAUUAUACACUAAUUAGUGUUGAUUUUAAUGGAAUUAUGGUUCAUAAUAAUCCUUUUGUGAUACAAACAUGAUGUAUAAAUCCUCAAUAUUUAGACAUUCUCCUUUCCAUUUCAUUGCAGUAUUGUCCAUAAAGGUCCCGCAUAUUUUUUCCAGUACCCCAUUUUUUAAUAUAGUGAAAGUUUAUGCACUGCAUUAAACAAGCAGAACAUUCUGAAAUAUCCGAAUUGUCCCACACUUGGAAGUUUUUAAAGCAGUAAUACUCACCUAACUGGCAAUAUCGCCUUUUUGCUUCUACUUGAAGUGUGCAACAUAUUCUAUGCAUCUCCUCCAGUAGUUUGCAUUGAGAAAUAAAUUAGCAUGGUGAUGUUUCCCCAAAGUGGUGUCCAUGGGCUGGAAGGAAAAAAUAAUAAUUUUAAUCAGUGAACAACAAAGAUGGAUCAGGUCCUUGGCACACUGAGGAGGGGGAAAUGUCUGCUGGUCCCUCUCAAUGGAUAGCUUAAGAAGCAUACAGUAUACUUUACAUAUAGCAUUUGCUGUAACCAGAAACAUUUUAAUUUGGAUCAGAAGCAUUUUAAGAAGCAGUUACCUGUUUUACAGGUGGGAUUUCUUCCAGUGUCUAAACAUUCUGGUAUUUUCCUCAUUUCAUCAAACAAAGCCCUUUCUACUCAACUAAGCAAUUCUAGGUUUGUUCACUGGAGCAAUUGCAUUCAAAACAUUUGUUGGUGUCAGCUGUAAAUAUUGGUAUUAAAACUGCAGGUAGUGUUUAAUCGGUUGUUCCCUUAAUGAUAUUAACUUGAUUGUGGUCAUUUGUCAGAUUUCUAAUGGAGUUGAAGGGGUCUCAGUUUCCUGGCUGGCCAGUGAAUCCUGGGAUGUUGCCUUUGUUUUUUGUCUAGGCUGUCAGAAUAGAAUAUACAGCCCAAAGAAGUCAGCAGCAUUCAGCCAUCGCUAGCGAUUCUUGCAGUAGCUAUCUUCCCUUAAGACGUCAUUUUUUCCCUAGCAGAUAGGUGGUUGUCACUGUGUUAAAUUAUUUGGAAGUGCUUUUGUCGCCAAGCCUAAAAUUACCCCAGAAAUGAUCAACGUACAGAAAGCUGUACUGUUUCCCACUUCCAGUUGGCUAAAGUUUGUUUACAGUAAUGCAAGUGGUGUCAUAAUAGAACCGUCUGGAGAGAUUGUGUUGUAUUUAGUGGUAAUAAAACAUUACCCAUCAUAUAUACUCUACAGUAGCCCCCACCCAAGUUGAUAUAUAUUAUUUUAGUGGAUUAAGGGGAACUAUAAAAAUAAUAUCCCAGUGAAACCUAGGACAUGUUGUCCAGUGGUUGAUGGUGCAUUCCUACACACAUUCUUUCUGGGAUUUACUUCUGUACUGCUUAAGUGAGCUUGUUCAUGAGAUAGUGCCCAAACUAAUUCUCCUUUCUGGAAGCUAAGUAGCGUUUUAACAACUUCUUCGUGAAUAUGUUGAGAGCAUGAUUUAGUAACAUGUCAGAUUAACACUUUCAUUGCAACUGUGCCCUGAUAUAUUUAACAGGGGAGUAGUAUUGUAGUGUUCCUCUCACAAGGUUGUCCUUAAGUGAGGGCUGGGAUCUUUAAAUUUGGCACGAAAACACCACUGCACUAGUGAUACCAUACAGAUUGGUUUAGACCUCCUCUGUUAAAGAGUGAAAUAAUAUACCUCUCUACUUUAUCAUGUCAGAAGCUAUUUGAGGCAAGUUGCUUUUUGUGUGAAAGAAUCGCCCAUCUUCAAAGACGUUACCCAGGGGAUGCCUAGUUGUGUUACCAUCCUGCGGGGGGCUUCUCUCAUGUCCCUGCCUGGGAAGCUAGGGCUGACAGACAGGAGCUCACCCAUCCCAUGGAUUCGAAUCGCCAACCCUCAAGUCAGCAUUUCUGCCGACACAAGAGUUUAACCCAUUUCACCACUGCAGCUCUACUGAGGUUCCUUCUACACUGCCAUAUAAAAUCCAGAUUAUCUGCUUGGAAUAAUAUAGAUUAUAUGACAGUGUAGAAGGGGCAUGAGAAGCCUGGUUUGUUGAGUUUGUUGAAUGUCCCCUGAUCUCAGGCAAGGAUUGCCACCUGAAAGAGAAGUUUGCAUGUUCUAGAAUUGAGAUGGGUUGCUCUUGUUUGCAGUCCACUGCAGUUGGGCUGGUGGUAAAGGGUUGCCAUUUUGAGACAUUCAGUGCCCAUGGUCAUGUAGAGUAAUAUCCAUGAGUGAGCUCCACCAGCUCUUUUCCCAUGGUAUCCAGUUGCCUCCUAUCACUGCCAUGUCUAUAGUGAGAACUAGGGAAAGCUCUGGUGUGUUGAAUCCUUUUUUUUAGAAGAGGAAAUUUUAGAGAAACUUGCUUAUCCCACAGCAGGAUAACAAGCAACCCCAGCUGAAAUUCUCUCUUCUACACAACCAUUAAAGGUACAGAAACCCUUCCUACUUUUACUUUGGUAAUCCAAGCCAUAUCUGUUUUGACACUAUAAAUGAAACGAUUGUUGCUAAAAUCAGAUACUGCUUCCAAUACAGUUCAUAAACAAUGUGUCGUUAAAUAAGAAUGUCCACCAUUUCCUUGCCCUAAGAAGAAAAACAUUGCGAUGUGAAUACAUGUAACAUCAUACAGUACUUGAAAAUGUCUCUUCUAAAGCUGGCUUUCCUUUUUUCUACAUAUACAUUCAUUUUUUUAAAAAGAAAAAUGUAUAAAGAGUUCUCUGCAUAUAGUAAGGAUGUGUAGAGUUUUUUAAAGCAAAUAUACUUUCCUCAACUUUAAAAUUAAAUACAUAUCUGUGGGGUUUUUUUAUUUCUUUGUUUGUUUCUUCGAUUUGUUUUAGGGAAAGUUAGGUUUCAAAUUUAGAGCAGAAUGCACUGUGGAUCAGUGCUUUUAUUUGUACAUAAAAGGGAAACGUUUCUUAAAUGGCUUGCAUUUUUGAGGAUAACAUUGAACUGCAUUAUGUAUCAGUUACUUAUUUCCACUCUAAAGAUGAUAUUGCUAAGUGAUAGAAACUGUACAUGCUCUUGCUACAGUUAGAAACUAGGAAUAGAAAUACAGUACUGCUCCGGACUCUGAAGAUGUAAUUUGACUUUUUUGAUCAUAAUGUGCUGCUUAAAAAUGUAUAGUGUAAUUCAUUUUUGUCCAUAGCUGUCUGUUAAAGCCUUUGUUUUCAAAUAUUCUAAUGGCCAAGACAGUCUAUCUUCUCUCCCCAUGUCACCAUUUAAUUUACAUUUCUAUAGUAAUUUGUACCAACUAGUUGGCUGGGUUUUUCCAGAGCACUGAAUGAUGAAACAAAGGUGCUAAACCCAUCUUUUGAGCUUAACACGUUCUUCUAAUUAUUUGGCCCACAUCCCCUUUUUCAUUUAUUUAUAUGUCUUAAAACACAGUCGGUUUGUGCCUUCCCAGAGGGAAGGUUUCCUCUUUACAGGGUGAGUCUAUUACAUCCUUGUAUACCUCUUUUCAGAGCUGUGCUGUUUUGAAAACCUUUGUAUUUGAAAUAUCUAUUUAAAAUAGGAUUUGAAUUGUGUCUUGUAUCGGAAAUAGAAGAAUAUGAUCCCCUGCCCUCCUUAUGCCGUUUGGUAAGAAAUGCCAGAAAGAGCUAGUGGCAGGUCUAGACAACCUACAAUCCUCUGUAGAUGAGAGAUUUAAUUUGGUUUUGGUGCAGAUUUGAACUCCUACGUCAGUGGUUCUCAACCUGUGGGUCCCCAGGGGUUUUGGCCUACAACUCCCAGAAAUCCCAGCCAGUUUACCAGUUGUUAAGAAUUCUGGGAGUUGAAGGCCAAAACAUCUGGGGACCCACAGGUUGAGAACCACUGUCCUACAUCUUCAUUUAAACAGUGUAAUUGGUGGGAUCCAAACUAAAUUAGCUGGACUUUGUUGUCAUUAAAAUGGGGACAUGUUUGCCAAGGCUUUACCUAUAUGGAUCUAACUUGGUCUGUUGGGUUUGGCCUUCUUCAUGUCCUGGAUGUGCCAUUCUUAUCUCUCCUUCCCUUAACCACUGUCGGCAUUAUGUAGCUUAGCUGUUUUUCCAGGCAACUACACAGUGAGAACAGAGUCAGGACCCACUCGAUAUCUGAAAAAUACCAUAUAUACUCAAGUCUAAUGCACCAUCAAAUCUAAUGUGUAUCUCCAUUUCCAAAACCCUUAAACAAAAAAAGUAUUUGCUGUCGAAUGUAAAAAGCGCACUCUUUGUCAUUUGGACAUUACAGUUGCUGUCUGCUUAAAAUUCUUUCUUUAAAGACAAAAGAGUUAUAGCACCAAAGCUUUCAGCAAUGGAAAGGUAAACCUUGGGGUGCAUCUAUGCUGUAGAAUGAAUCCAUUUUAACUGCCUUGGUUCCAUGCUAUGGAAUUAAGGGGGCUGUAGUUUUACAAGGUCAUAGAAUCAUAGAAUAGUAGAGUUGGAAGAGACCUCAUGGGCCAUCCAGUCCAACCCCCUGCUAAGAAGCAGGAAAUCGCAUUCAAAGCACUCCCGACAGAUGGCUAUCCAGCCUCUGUUUAAAAGCCUCCAAAGAAGGAGCCUCUACCACGGCCCGGGGGAGAGAGUUCCACUGUCGAACAGCCCUCACAGUGAGGAAAUUCUUCCUGAUGUUCAGGUGGAAUCUCCUUUCCUGUAGUUUGAAGCCAUUGUUCCGUGUCCUAGUCUGCAGGGCAGGGGAAAACAAGCUUGCUCCCUCCUCCCUAUGACUUCCCCUCACGUAUUUGUACAUGGCUAUCAUGUCUCCUCUCAGCCUUCUCUUCUGCAGGCUAAACAUGCCCAGCUCUUUAAGCCUCUCCUCAUAGGGCUUGUUCUCCAGACCCUUAAUCAUUUUAGUCGCCCUCCUCUGGACGCUUUCCAGCUUGUCAACAUCUCCCUUCAACUACGGUGCCCAAAAAGGUCUUGGGCCUUCUCUGCCAAAGGAUGCUGAUGCCUCAUCAAACUCUAAAUCUCAGGAUUGUUUAGCAUUGAGCCAUGGCCAUAAAGUUAGAGAUUUAUGUUCCUUCAAUAGGAGCUCCAAGCACUUCUGAAGCAGCUUCCCCCUUUGUUUUGGUCCAGCGCUAAGAAGACCAUAUUACACGAAUGCAAUGUGUACUCUUAUUUUGGCAAACUAAUUUAGCCAAAAAAGGUACCAAAAAGAAACAUUAGAUUUGAGUAAAUAGGGUAUAUGAUCAGAUUUCACAUGUUCUUGGCAGCAUGCAUGGAGGUAGGAUUGCAGAUGUGUUAGGAAGGAAGGGAGCUAGUUCUUCCCAAGAUGCCAAUGCCGAUACAUAUCUCUUGAACGUUCAAGACCAUUACUGGUGGAAAUUGAAAAUUCCCUCUGGGAGGAAAGAGCCGUUCUGGGUGAGUUCAUUGUCAUGACCGCAUCGAAGGAAUAAGUUACACCUCUAUUUUCGUCCCCGAUUCAUUCCUUCCUCCAUUUCACCUUCUAUUUCCUCUCCGCUGUCCUUGCAGACUUGCGCAUGAAAUUCAGCCAAGCGUUUCUCACAGUGUUCAGUGUUGUCCUGAAGGCACUGAGCUGUGAAACAAAUAGACCAGAAGUAAGUCAAUCUUAGUGCAGCGUUUGAGGAAGCUACCUCCCUGAGAUCAAUGACGUGGGUCUUCAGGUGAUGCAGAACUGUAAGUCCCAGUAGCCUUGGCCAGUAGAGCCAGUGAAGAAUGCUGGGAGUUGCAUUUCAACAACAGCUGAAGCUGCCGAGUAGCACCAAUACAACCAGGCAGCAUGUAAGUUAUCCUUGUAAUAAUGAUGUUAGCAUCGUUCACCAGAUUUUGAUGAAAGUGUGAGGAUACAGUUUUUCUUAUGUGAAAGUUUGUUGGCCAUUUUGUUAAUACCAAUUUUUUUUUUAAUCCUGUAAGCCAAAUUUUACAAAAUGUAUAUCUCCAGCUCAUUACUCCUGUGCACAGCUUGAUGGAGACUGCUCUGGAUGUCUCUUGUGAAUCCUGGGAUUUGUAAUUUGCUGAAGCUUGCAUUUAUUUGCGCGAUAUCUCUAGUGUUGUUCAGAAGAGCGGAACUAUAAUUUCCAAGAUCCCAUAGAAUGGAACUGUGACAAAGUGGUGUAGAGCUGCCAUAAACUGUAGUGUAGAUACAUAUAUUGGCUUGUAAAGAUUUUCCCCUUUGUUUUAAACAACAAUGCUAAGGUUUUAUAACAGUUUUGAUGCCAGUGACAGUUGCCACUUUACUUGAACUCCCUGCGUGAGUACUCUGUAGCCGGGUUAAAUAAUGGAUGUUUGUAUGAAAAGUCUUUCAGUUCACCACUAUCAACCAACAAUAGUGUGAUCUUUAUCAGUGCAAGGGUUACAUGAAGCGCCAAAUUAAUCAAGAACAUCACUUUUUCAACCUGGGUUUAUUUUAAAAAAUCGUAUUUAAAGCCUGUGUAACAGUUUAAUUCAACCUGAAAAUCCAAACUGUCGCAUUAAGAAGACUGAAUGGAUUGAAUGUAUUUUGAAAUAAAAUAUGUAUUCUGAAUUUUUACUAUUUUUCAUGUUUGAAAUGCUUCUCUCAAUUAAGUUUUUAAAAAGUCAUACUUGAUACAGAUCAAUGGGGUCUAAUGUGAUAUUUCACCUGCUCAAAGUGUCUUUUGCCCAGUUCUGCAUGUUCUUUUGUAGAUGGAUGUAAUUUCUCUCUGAAAAGUUGUAAAAAGUGACCAUGAUGCAUCUAGCCAAAAAAAAGUUGUUUUCAGUUCCUUUCUUUUCUCCCAACUCUUUAUUUUGCUGAAUGAAGCACAAGGUUUGCUACGUUAACAUUUUGAGAAUCUUGACCCUUCAUAACUUGGCAGGAUGUAUAGAAAUGGAAAUGACCGAGACUGUUGCAUAGAAUCCUCCGUUUUGUUAAGGAUCAGGUUUUGAAAAAUAAACUUUGGCACAAAGUUGG